ACUUUCUCUGCAGCUUCCACACCUCAGGUCCUCUCUACCAAAAACUACAGUUGAUAACAUUGUUGAAGAUUGUUUUGGAAAGACCCCGCCUUCUUAAGCUUCGUGUGUGUUUAACAUGUCUACCAAGGUCGCCGUGGUAACAGGCAGUAAUAAGGGAAUCGGGCUGGCCAUUGUUCGAGCGCUCUGCCAGCAGCAUUACCAUGGAGACGUUUACUUGACCGCCAGAGACAGCGGUCGUGGAGAUGAGGCGGUGAAAUCUCUGGCCGCUGACGGACUGACGGCUAAGUUUCAUCAGCUGGACAUCAACGAUGAGAAAAGCAUCGUCAGCGCCGCCGCCUUCUUCAAGAAGACGUACGGAGGAGUGGACGUCCUCAUCAACAACGCUGGCAUCGCUUUCAAAGACGCAGACCCCGCUCCCUUUCCAGUCCAGGCCGAAGUCACCCUGAAGACCAACUACUUCGCCACCAGAGACAUGCUGACUCACUUCCUGCCGCUCAUCAAAGCUGGAGGUCGUGUGGUGAACGUCUCCAGCUUCGUUGGCGCUCGCACGUUGAAUAAAUGCAGCGCCACCCUGCAGCAGCGUUUCCGUAGCGAUGACAUCACAGAGGAGGAGCUGACCGGUCUGAUGGAGCAGUUUGUGGAUCUGGCCAAAAAGGGCGAGCACGAGAAGGGAGGCUGGGCCAACACGGCGUACGGGACGUCCAAAACAGGACUCACGGUCCUGACCAUGAUCCACGCUCGUCGUCUGACGAAGGAGAGACCUCAUGACGGGAUCCUGGUGAACGCCUGCUGCCCCGGCUGGGUCCGCACAGACAUGGCGGGCCCUAAAGCCCCCAAAUCCCCUGAGGAGGGGGCCGCGACCCCGGUGUUCCUCGCCCUGCUGCCGGCAGGGGCCACGGACCCCCACGGGAGGUUCGUCUCCGAUAAGGAGGUCCAGCCGUGGUGAAGAGCUGAAGGGAGGGUGUGUGUGUGUGUGAAAGUGUGUCAGUGUUUUCAUUAAUAGGAAUCUAAAUUCAGGAUAUUUUUUUUUGCCCUUGUGUUUCACGUUAUAUCAGUCUACUGGUAUUUGAGGAAAGAAAAAGCAGAUUUUCAACCAGAUUUGUAUCUUGACGGUUUGUUUACUAAUGCAGGAGGAGCCUUUGACCUAAGUUAACUUAAAACAACCACUCCAAGUCACAAGGCAGAAGGCUAUUCUCAUGUAGGUUUGGAAAGAGGGAAAGCUUCCAUAGAUAAUAGAUUAUUUUUGGAAAAAAAGACUUGACCACUAUUUGAAAAAUAUGACACAAGCGUCACGAAAUCUGGGAAAAAAACAUUCUUAAUGUGAAAGAAAUACACACAAUUUAUCAGUUAAAACCACAAAUAAUUCCAGGGAACAAUGGUGUGUGUCAGUGUUUUCAUUAAUAGGAAACUAAAUCCAGAUGUUUUCUUUCACAGGAUUUCUGUUUUUCUUGCAAUUUAUUUUUCAUAACAUAUCAGUCUACUUUUAUUUGAGGAAAGAAAAGCAGAUUUUCAACCAGAUUUGUAUCAAGACUAUGUGUUUACUAAUGAAAAUGUACUUAAAACCACUCCAAGGUCCAAAGCAGCUAUGAUUAUUUGAAAAAUAUGACACAAGCGUCACACAAUCUAAGAAAAAACGGUCUUAAUGUGUAAGAGAUACACACCAUUUAUCAGUUAAAAAAAAGAAAUCCAGGGAACACUGAUAUGUGUGUGUGUGUGUGUGUGUGCUUGGCUUACACAACAAUAAGGCCUCUAUCUGCAAGUGCUGCUGUUAACAUGUCAUCACUUUGCCUUCAACAUUUUUAUACUUUUUACAUGGAAAGAGGAACACUUGCCUUAACUGGAUAAAGCUUAAAUGUUGUGUAACAAAUAAAAAGCUUUUCUGACAUG